CGCAGCCCGAGCGGGAGCGCCGAGACGCGCCUCCGGAACGUAGAGUAACAAUCACAACCCCACAUUCCGCGCGAGCACGAGCGGGAAGGGAUGCGACCCAGGCCGAGGCGCCGCGCGAGCGCCCUGCAGUCAAUGUGAGCGCCGCCGGACGCGCGGCCCGGGCGCCGGCCAGGCCCGGGGCGGCGGGAGCCUGCGUGCGUGCACUCCUCUCCUCUCCGGCGUCCUGGAAGCAGGGGCCCUGCAAGCCCAGCCGCCGCCAGUGGACCGGCCGACGCUGCGGAGGGGACCAGCUCCUUUUGGCUGCCGCCACCCCCUCCCUCGGUCCUCGGAGAAAGCAGCGGCUUCAGCAAGAUCGGACACAGGCACCGGGUGGCACUGAGCCCGCUAGCCCUCGUCCCAGGGAGCCUGGCGGGGAGAGGACGCCGCUCAUAGGGGGUCCCCCCCAGGGCGAGAAAAAGCUCCAUUCGAGCUUCCACGCGUCAGCCACUUCAGGGAGGGGGCCCGCGAGGCAACGGCGGCCAGGCACCCUCCCCCCUCCACCACCACCCCGGCCCCCAGCCGGAGCUUCCAGCCCCGGUCCCGGGCACCAGGAAAAAGGCGCCGGAGCUCCCCUCCCGAGCUAGACAGCCGCAGUAGGAGGGUGGGGGCAAGGAGCGGUCCGCCGCCCCGGCGGCUGAGCCCCUGCGGAGAGGCGCUGCGCCGGCGGCGAAGACUCCCGCGCCCUCCAGCCCCGAGGGCAGAACUUUCGCCCUCCUCUUCCCUCCCUCGCAGCCGGACUCGCUCCCCAGCAGACCAGCGCUUCCGGAGGAGAAGGCGGCGCGGAGACAGCCCAGAGAGCGGCCUGCCUUCCCCAGGGUCGGCAUCAUGUCGGGGGCACAGGUGUCCUCGUCCCGAAGACAGUCUUGUUACCUGUGCGACCUACCCCGCAUGCCUUGGGCCAUGAUCUGGGACUUCUCGGAGCCUGUCUGUCGCGGCUGCGUCAACUACGAGGGCGCGGAUCGCAUCGAGUUCGUGAUCGAGACCGCGCGCCAGCUCAAGCGGGCGCACGGUUGCUUCCAGGACGGCCGCUCCCCGGGGCCGCCGCCCUCGUCCUCCGCGGCCGUGUCGGUGGCGACUCGGCGUGGGACGCACGGUGGGCUAGUGACGGGGCUGCCCAACCCGGGGGGUGGCGGAGGACCCCAGCUCACCGUGCCCCCCAACCUGCUGCCCCAGACGUUGCUUAAUGGACCUGCCAGUGCCGCUGUGCUGCCCCCACCGCCGCCCCACGGGCUGGGCAGCCGUGGGCCCCCGACGCCCGCGCCCCCAGGGGCUCCCGGGGGUCCUGCUUGUCUCGGGGGCGCCCCGGGCGUGUCAGUCGCGUCGUCUUCCGCGUCGUCCUCGACCUCGUCGUCCGUAGCGGAGGUGGGCGUGGGGACCGGUGGCAAAAGGCCCGGCUCGGUGUCGAGCACGGACCAGGAGCGCGAGCUGAAGGAGAAGCAGCGCAACGCCGAGGCCCUGGCCGAGCUGAGCGAGAGCCUGCGCAACCGCGCAGAAGAGUGGGCCAACAAGCCCAAGAUGGUCCGCGACACGCUGCUCACGCUGGCCGGGUGCACCCCCUACGAGGUGCGUUUCAAGAAGGACCACUCCCUUCUGGGCCGAGUCUUCGCCUUCGACGCAGUCUCCAAGCCCGGCAUGGACUACGAGCUGAAGCUGUUCAUUGAGUACCCCACAGGCUCGGGCAAUGUGUACUCCAGUGCGUCCGGCGUGGCCAAGCAGAUGUACCAGGACUGCAUGAAGGACUUUGGCCGGGGAUUGUCCUCGGGUUUCAAGUACCUGGAGUACGAGAAGAAGCACGGCUCCGGGGACUGGCGCCUGCUGGGGGACCUGCUCCCCGAAGCUGUGCGCUUCUUCAAGGAGGGUGUGCCUGGCGCCGACAUGCUGCCCCAGCCAUACCUGGACGCCAGCUGCCCCAUGCUACCCACGGCGCUCGUGAGCCUAAGCCGCGCCCCCAGCGCACCGCCGGGGACCGGGGCCCUGCCGCCUGCAGCCCCUUCGGGCCGGGGCACAGCCGCCAGCCUGCGCAAAAGGAAGGCUUCCCCUGAGCCCCCAGACUCAGCGGAGGGUGCCCUGAAGCUGGGCGAGGAGCAGCAGAGGCAGUGGAUGGCGAACCAGAGUGAGGCGCUGAAGCUCACCAUGUCUGCGGGGGGCUUUGCAGCGCCGGCGCACGCGGCUGGGGGACCGCCCCCACCCCUGGGACCCCAUUCCAAUCGGACCACCCCGCCCGAGUCAGCCCCCCAGAACGGCCCAUCCCCCAUGGCCGCCCUCAUGUCUGUGGCAGACACUCUGGGCACGGCGCAUUCUCCCAAGGAUGGCAGCUCGGUGCACUCCACCACCGCCUCUGCGCGGCGCAACAGCAGCAGCCCUGUGUCACCAGCUUCCGUGCCCGGGCCACGCCGCUUGGCAUCACGGAACGGGGACCUGAAUUUACAGGUGGCGCCUCCGCCACCCAGCGCCCACCCUGGCAUGGACCAAGUGCACCCCCAAAACAUUCCGGAUUCCCCUAUGGCCAACAGCGGGCCCCUCUGCUGCACCAUUUGUCACGAACGUUUGGAGGACACGCAUUUCGUCCAGUGCCCAUCCGUCCCCAGCCACAAAUUCUGCUUCCCUUGUUCCCGCGAGAGUAUCAAGGCCCAGGGGGCCACUGGCGAGGUGUACUGCCCCAGCGGGGAGAAAUGCCCCUUGGUCGGUUCGAACGUACCUUGGGCCUUCAUGCAAGGCGAAAUCGCGACCAUCUUAGCCGGGGACGUUAAAGUGAAAAAGGAGAGAGACCCUUAGAGACCCCUGAACCACAGGACAGAUACCACCUCUGCCCUGGACCAGCUCCUCACCAACACAGAGGGCCCUCCCACCCCCAGAUGUAGAAUUGUGAAUAUAACAAACUGCAAAAAGUUAGUCUUAUGUAUAGACAUUAUUUUCGUCGUAUGUUUCUAUAUUUUGAAACAAAGGUAUGUAACUUCUUCAUUUGAAGGAUAAGCUGGUUUGUGUUAAGCAGUAUAUUAUUGGUUGGGUCAUUUGCAUCAUACUCGUUAGCAUUUAUUUGGUGGCAGAGUGUUUGCCUAGGUACAGGAUUAAUAGCCCUUAGCAAAGACUGCUGCUGGUGUGUAUUUUUUAAAUGUUAUGCGCUCUCUGAAAGGAUAAGAAAAAUACAAAAAAAAUAAAAAGACCCCAACAACACAAAAGGACUCCGCCCCUCCCAAGGCCAGUGUUGAUGCCUAAAAAUGAAAAAGAAAAAAAAAAGGAAAAAAAGGAAAAAAUACAAAAAAAACCCACAAUGCUAUAAAAAUGGUGAAAGCUUCUUUCUAAGCAGCCCCCAGUGUCCAGUCUUCAGUUCGUUUUGUUUCGUUUUCUGUUUUGUUUGCAACAUGAUGAGGGUAUUGUUGGGGGGGAAUGGGGUGUUUUCUGUUGCCAGUUUGUGAGGGAAAUGUUUUGGUUUGUUUAAACUGCUCUGAAUGUGUUGGAUCUCCACGUGUUGUUUUGUUUUGUUAUUUUGGGGUUUGUUUUGCUUUCUCGAUGCACGGAUGCUUUUGAACAGUAGAGCGAAAUGCUAGACCCGGAGAUUCUGCUCUGUUUGUCCUUUAUACAUUUCUGUAGUUAACAGAACACUGUAAUGUGCCUUGGAGCUUAGUAACUUGUAAUAAAUUCAAUUGAUAUUAA